ACCUCUUCUUUUAUUUUUCUCGGAAUUAAAAAAGGGAAAGAAGAAACAAGCGACAAACCCUCCAGCUUCUUAUUUGUUUUCCCAAAUCAGAUAAAAUCAUAAAACCCAACGUCUUCGAUCGUUCAUCUCUCUCCCCAAAAACCCACAAUCAAUUGGAAAAAAAAAGAAAUAAAUGGACGCAGAAACAAGAGGGAAGAUAAAGCAAACGGUGAGAGGAAUCCUGGAAGAAGCUAACAUGGACGAAAUGACAGAGUACAAGAUUCGACAAAUGGCUUCACAGAUACUGGAACUUAACCUCUCCGAGUCCAAGUACAAGGCUUACGUCAGACAUGUCGUCAAUUCUUUCCUCGAAGAACAAAAGGCCAAACAAGAAGAAGCAGAAGCUGCAGCGAAUGAUGAUAAUACUAAUAAGAACAACAAGGAGUUUGAUGAUGAUGGUGAUGUCAUUGUUUGCAGGCUGUCUGAGAGGAGAAGGGUGAUGAUUCAAGAUUUCAGAGGGAAAUCUUUGGUUUCCAUAAGGGAGUUUUAUAAAAAGGAUGGCAAAGAACUUCCUUCAGCUAAAGGAAUAAGUUUGACAGAGGAACAGUGGUCAGCCUUGAAGAAGAAUAUACCAAACAUUGAGAAAGCUGUUAGGAAGAUGGAGUCUCAUACCAUGUGAGAGUGUCAUCUGGUGACUGACUUUGAAGUUCUUGAAAUGUGUAAGUUUGAACAUGAAGUUAACCUCAGUAUCUUUGGCGGCUAUGCCAGCACUGCCAUUUAUAGAAGACUAUACUACUGUUUGGAUUCUGUGAUGUUUUUGAAUCUCAUUUCGAAUGCAGGGCAGAUAGCCCCGUUGGAAAUGAUCCACAUCCCUGAAUCGAAAUGUAUGUGAAUACUUUGGCAACAAAGCGUGUACUUAUUCAUAUAACUUUGCUAUACCUUUUAAUCUAAGAGAUUAUUAUUCUAUACAUUA